UGGAAGCUCAGUUGACCAGCGUCGCAACUGAGCGAUGCGCCUCCGGGAGAGCCUCUACCUUUUUUUGCGGCAGAUUUGACAUUCACAUCGCAGAUUCUCACACCUGAGCGGCAUUUAGUUUUUCUUUUUCCUCCUCCUCGACAUUAAUUUCUGUGCGUCAGAGUGAUUCUGACAGAAAACUACUCCAGGACAAGGUUUUCCAUUGUGAAAACUGACCACUCGCAACAGGCAUUUGUGUUUUUUUUCAUCGUGAACGAGUCCCAGCGGGGGAUUUGAUUUCAUCCAACACACAUUUGUUUCAUUGGGAAAGCAGCCAACGACAACUGAUAACUCAGUCGGAGAUGGUAAAGGAAACAGCGGACUGACAGGCUUUGGUUGUGGUGAAUUGUGUGCUCAGGUUGCGACUGCUGAAGCUCUCCAGCAUCUUCAGACAGACUACAGGGAGCAGAGGAGGCCGACUGACGGUCCACAGGCUGAGAGAAGGCAGGCAGCAGUGAGCAGCCACCAUGUUGUCUUUAGACGAGCCGCUGGACCUGAAGCUCCCGUCAGGACGAACAGCUGGUCCGGUGACAUUAGGAAAGAGGGCUUGUCCUUCCUCCAUCUGCGCCCCCCUCAAUGCCACACGACCACGACUCCAGUGCACAACCUUCCCAUCACCUCCUUCCUCUCCAGAUUCGCAGUCUUCCUCUCAAGAACGACCCGGGUCCUGCUUCAUCCCUCCAGCCAUGGACCUCAGCCUGUCACCUUCCUCCCGCCACGCCUCUUCCCUCUCCCCAUCUCCCUCCUCCCCCUCCUCCCCCUCUCCCUCCUCACCCCUGGAGUGCCCUCACAGCAGCAGCAGCCCUCAGCCACAUCUCUUCUCUCGGGAAGCAGCUCAUCAUCGAGGUGUGGAAGGUGGAGCUUCCCCGCCGGGUUAUCCGUUUUAUUUCCCGAUCAGAAGCCCACCGAGAGGCUACAGCUUCCCCUCCUCCCUGUUCAUUGGUCAGAACAGAGAGAAGCCGGUUUCCCCAGAGCCCUCACUAGAUGGUCAGCUGGCCUGCCGCUGGAUGAAGUGUCACCUCCUGUUUGACUCGCUGCAGGACCUGGUGGAUCACAUCAACGACUUCCACGUCAAGCCUGAAAAGGAUUCUGGGUACUGCUGCCAGUGGGAAGGCUGUGCUCGAAACGGGAGAGGCUUCAACGCCAGGUAUAAAAUGCUGAUUCACAUCCGCACACACACCAAUGAGAAACCACACCAUUGUCCCACCUGUAACAAGAGCUUCUCCCGUCUGGAGAACCUGAAGAUUCACACCCGCUCACACACAGGGGAGAAACCCUACAUCUGCCCUUAUGAAGGCUGCAGCAAACGCUACUCCAACUCCAGUGACCGCUUCAAGCACACUCGCACCCACUACGUGGACAAGCCUUACUACUGCAAGAUGGCAGGCUGCCUGAAGCGCUACACGGAUCCCAGCUCACUACGCAAACACAUCAAAGCUCACGGUCACUUCGUGGCCCAGGAGCAGGGCACUUCCAGCAGGCUGGGGACGGGGCUGGGUGGUCCCGGGCACCAGAGUGCCGCUGAACUGCUCCCUGUAGGCGGAGCUCAUGUCAUCAUCCCUGGGGCGGCUGCAGCUCUCCUCGGGGGUCUCGGGACCUCCUUGCCGCUCUCUGCUUUCUGCCAUGCCAGGGCCCUCGGCCACCACGGGGCACCGCUCUUCUCCAUGGGUGGAGGAGGAGGCAGCGGCAUGGGGCCACUCGGCCUGUCAGACUCCCCACUGCUACACUUCGGACUCUCUGCUGCGUCGAUGCUGGGGCUGGGAGCUCUGGGAGGUCUGGGCCGAGUGGCUGGGAGAGAGCCAGAGGAUGAAGAGGAAGAGGAGGAAGGAGAGGAGGGGGAAGCGCUGAACCUAUCUGCAGGGGUGGGGUCCAGACGGAGUGACCCCUUGUCAUGGGUGGUUGUUCCCUCGAGGGCACUGCUCCUCAAACCAGCUGUUGUCAGCUAGAAUGUGCACUCAGCGACACAUCCAACCAGGGAGUGUGUCUACGUCUUUUCUGUUUCAGCAUACGUGUGUGUCUGGAUGUGCUAUACAUGCAUGAUUGUGGAAUGUGUGUGUGUGUGUGUGUGUGUGUGUGUGUGUGUGUGUGUGUGUGUGUGUGUGUAUGAUGGAUCAAAAGUCACUGCCACCUUCAGAGCCAUAAAAAAAAACUUAACUAGUCAUUCCAGCCUAACAAGCGAAGGCCAACUGAGCGUAGAAGCCUUUGUGAUGACUGUAAAAAACCUAAACAAGAUCUCUGAGUACUUGAUUGCAUAUUUCAGCUGUCUUAACAUUUAGUCAUUUCACCCAAAUUACAAAGGAAACAAACACACAUCCUAAAGGUAUCUACCAAUGCAGAUCCAGUUUUAUCUACUGACGCUGACAUGAUGUACAAUAUUCAUCUCAGAUUUAUCUCCUACAACAGCUUUAAAAAUAACAAUUGGAUAUUUAAAAAAAAUCACAAGUAACUUAUUUCCUUUUAUUUUGAAUAAUCCUUAAGCUUUAGAGUAAAUUCCUUUCAUCUAUGUUGGUAUGAGAAGUGAGAUGUAAGAGGAGCAAAAGACACUGAUUUUGUACUUUGUUCCCAUUUUACUGUGCAGUUAGAGUUAAGAAACACAUAAUUUAACUUUACAGUUAAACUUCAUCACUCAGUCUCAUGGCUAAUCAAUGACGUAAUGUCGUCUGUCAGUCAGUGUCAGGUACUGCAGUCCUGCUAAAAAUUAUGUCUGCAUGAUUAGAUACUAUAGAAGAGAGGAAAUGUGUGAUUUGGUUGAACCGACCUUUUAACAUGCCUCAGCUCACCCAAUGUUUUUCUGUUCAUCUGAAUCUUGACUUUACAAACAGUUUUCAGCAGACAAUCACAUGUAUGAGAUUUACCAAACCAGGUCAGGUGUAAUUUUUACAGUGACAACCCCCACUGACUGCUUCUCUUUGCCCAUAUUUGCUCACCGUUAGUAAAGAUGGGGUGGAGCAGGGUUGUGGGGAGCAAAAGGAAAUAGUUAGUACACAACAGUGUAAUGUAAUAUUGAAAAUACCACUUUGCAGAUCUACCAUUUUUAAAACCAUUUACAUUUUUCUCCUUCGGGCAACAUUUGUGUUUGUGCAAUUAAAACGCAAGUUCCAAAAAGUAUAUCGUUUGAAAAUUAUACACCAAUAUCUCAUAAAAUGAUGGCUGACAUUUAAAAAAAACAAUCAAAAGCAUUUUAGCUUAUUUUAAUUCAACUGUUUACAAAAUAUUUAAGUGUUUUAUGCGAGAGUUUUGUGGUAUUGAAAGAGAUUUUGUACAGAUGCCUGCUGACAGAAUGGACUUACGGCGAUUUGGAAUCACAUCCUCUAAAGUGUGACUCAGUCUCGUUGUUUAAAGAAGGUUUCUGUGACUCUAACCUGCAGGCAGACCAACUUCUAUAUGUGCUUCUGAGGUGACCCCUCACCACUUUAAUGUCCAAAUCCACAGCAAACAGUGUCUGUGUACAUCUGCAACACUACGAUGUGUGACGAACAGUUCAAAGCCACACAGAGAACAUGUAUUUGACCAUGUGAUUUUUAAAGUCACAAGAGGAAAGAAAAAAUACAACUAUGUUGACGCAACUGAAUGUAGGUUUGAGGUUUACUCCUUUGCUUGCAGCUUAUCUUAGUCCUUGCUCCAUUAAUCAUUCCAAGACAAUGGUCUCCACAGGAUCGGCCCUUUCUUUUAAAUACCUUAAGAAAACAUUCUCUUAGGAACAAGGUAGACAAAGGUGUGUAUUAGGCAAUAAUGAGUACACAUUUGCUUCAGAGGAAUGUUAAGACAUGAAAAGGUACAGAAGAAGAAGAAGCCAAAUAGUUAAAAAGCAGUCUUGAGCAUUUUUGGAAGGGGAAAUGUUUGACAAUGGCCACGUGUGGCCAGUAUCUGUGUCAAUUUAUCUUGUAUUCAUGUUUGCACAUUGAUUUAUCCUAAUCUCAAAAGUGUCCAAGUGCCUUGUGUUUCAGCUGAAAUAUAUCACACAGUAUAUGAAAAAAUAUUUACGCAGAUGUAAAGUGUAUAAAUGUACUUUUCAUUACAUUUUAAAAGAAUUUAACAACUUGACAACAGAUGUGAUUUGUACAUCAGGGCCACUGCAGCACCUCCCGAGGACAACACCAGUGUUGAUGACUGUGACAAUGACUCUACGUCAAUAAACACGACAACAACA